UUUUUAUGUAAUUAAAGCUUAGAAUGUAAGUUUUAUGUUCCUUGAUUAUUGGGAAUUUAGAUACAAAGCAUUUGAUGAAUUGGAAGGGAUUGAAGCAGCUUGGAAUCAAAUAAAGGUUUCGGGUUUCUUGAGCCAUCCGGAGGAGCUAGAGAGUCUAUACUCGGAAGUUCAUUUGCUUAAAACGCCUAAGCAUAAGAACAUUAUAAAAUUUUACAGUUCUUGGGUUGAUACAACGAAGGAGCACAUCAACUUUAUUACUGAGAUUUCCAUCUCAGAAGAUUCUAUCAUCAUUUUUACCCUCGGUUUCAGUGGCCGGACUGAUUCUACUCCACCCGAAGCCCGAGCCCGAGCCCGAUGGGACCGUGCAAAAAAUGUUAAUGUUUUGGGUGUUGAGUUUGCAAAGAGUUCAGUUGAGGUACCAUUUGUGUGGCAUAUCCAAGUCAGCACAUGGAUUCGUCACUUUGUAGCUUGCUUUCACCAGAUUUCACCAGAGGCUACUCGACAGGUAUUAGGCACUUACACUAUUCGGAAUAAAUUUUUCGUUAAUCAUGAUUACGACUUAUUAUAAUAACAAAUAAUCUUUUAAUAAAAUAAUUUAAGGGGUUGUAUGCAUUAAAUAUAAACUUUGAGCGACUUUCAAUCCCUUUGCACCGUUCCCUUUUUAACUAUUUUUUAUUAUAAAUAAUAACACGACCGAAAUCGACUCAUUUAUUAGUACAUUGCACAAAUUGCUAACCUCUUUAAAUUCUUUUUUCUUUCAUGAAUCCCUGAAUGCUUUUAUGGAGAUUCUAAAGGUA